UCAACGGAUAACAGACAACAAAACGUAGUUCCACGGUGAUGAGUAUAUUUUGUUCGCAUCCAAGAUCGGAAAAUCGAGGGAAGUAAAGAUAUGAUAGAAAGAAAGCGCAUAACAGGAAAAGUGCCAGGUCUGGCGCAUAAUUCCUGACUUCAAGCAAAUCACAAAUGGGAGUAAAUCACCAUUCCAAACUUGCGCACUAAAUCCAUUUUUUUUUCUUCUUCUGAGGAUCGUUAUGAAAUAUAUUUAUUUUGGAAUACUACUCGUCUUCCUGUGUGGCCAUGACAAAGUUCAAGGUUCAGGUGGAAUUGUACCAAGAAGAGCGAACGAUAUUUAUCAAAGGGAACAGAAAUUUACUGCUGCUCAAAACUCACUCAGAGUUGCCAAACAUGCUGGACGAAAACGUGAAAAUGAUGGAGAAACCUCAAACAGACGAUUGUUCGGUCGCCAUGUUUGUGCUCAUAAUAGAAUCAGAAUGCUGCCAUUGAAAGAAAUGCAGUCCUAUUGCAAGCCCGCUUACCAGUCUUACCUUCGACGAUGUGAUAAAGAUAAUUCAAUUUACUGUACUGGUUACAGAGUAGCAUAUGAAUUAGCUUAUCGAACAGUAGAAAGAGUGGUAGCCAAAACUGAAACUUCUUAUUCAUGCUGUCCCGGAUGGUCUCAAGCUAUUUCGUCUUCCGUAGAUUGCAAGAAAGCUGUUUGUGAAUAUGAAUGCAAAAAUGGCGGUAUCUGUACUAAACCAGAUCAUUGCACUUGUGUACCUGGCUGGACAGGAAAAAGUUGCGAAUCAGACAUUGACGAAUGUUCAACAGAAGAUUUGAAUCUUUGUGAACAGGAUUGCAUCAACAAACCAGGAUCAUAUAAAUGCAUAUGCAAAGAUGGAUUUUCAUUACAAUCGGAUGGAAAAUCUUGCAAAAAAAUUAUUGCAACACCAAACAAUUCCAAAGUUACCAUGGAUUACACUGAAGCCCUUUUGGAAAAAAUGGAAGCCAUGCAGAAAAGAAUAGAGGACCUGGAAGAAUGGCGAAGAAAUUUUUCCACCAAGAAGACGGAUGAUUCGAUCCAUCAACGAGAAGACAGAAUAAAUUCUCUCAGCGAACAAAUAGCUAUUCUUGAAGAAAGGCUGGAGGAAUGCACAUGUAAUAAGAAAGAUGAAAUUCAAUUUCCACGAUCACAAUAACAAGCAGAGAAUGAAGUAGUACUAAUAGUUGAAAAGGCUCAGGAUAUUUUCCUAUUUCUCUGAAGGUAGUGAACUGUAAAUCGAAAAGCGCAGAACUUUCAACAA